CUAUUUGUGUGGUCGGACGCUCUUCCGGACGCUGUCAGCUGUGAACACCGCAUCAACUGCGAUGAGUUUUGAGUGGCCCUGGCAGUACAAUUUCCCUCCGUUUUUUACACUUCAGCCCAAUGUUGACACGAGACAGAAACAGCUGGCAGCCUGGUGUUCCCUGGUUCUGUCCUACUGCCGGCAUCACAAGCUCUACACUGUGGAUGUCAUGGAAGCGCAGGAAAGUCCCGUGUUCAACAACAAGAAGAUAGAGAGAAAACUCUCAGUGGAAGCAAUUCAAGUUGUGUUUGAAGAGUUGAGGAAAAAAGGCAACCUGGAAUGGUUGGACAAAAAUAAGUCGCGGUGUUUAGUCAUGUGGAGACGACCAGAGGAAUGGGGCAAGUUAAUAUACCAGUGGGUGUCUAAAAAUGGCAUGAACAACUCUGUGUUUACGCUUUAUGAACUCUCCAAUGGUGAUGACACAGACGGUGAAGAGUUCCACGGUUUAGAGGACUGGAUGCUGCAGCGCUCCCUGCAGGCUUUACAGACAGAAGGAAAAGCGGAGAUCAUCUCUAUGGAUGACGGAAAAGGUGUCAAAUUUUUCUAAAGCGGCGCUGGGAUCACACUCGUACACUCCGACCGGGAAACAAGGCGGAUCUUUAGGAUGGGUCGCACCUCGAUGCAGAGGUGGAUGCUGGUCCCUUAAAUGUUUUUGUAGUUGCCUUUUUGGUUCACGACCUUCUCUUUCUGGAAGAGAACCGUUAUUGUUUGCGAGAGGAAAUUUAAAAAAAAGUAUCUGAGGUGACACUGUGUUUAUAAAAUUAUCGUUGGUGACAUUUGUUGCCAUUUAAAGAUGCAAUGAGUAUCAGGGGACUAAACACUAUCAUGUCUGAAUAUUUCAGGGGAACAUUUUCCCAUUAGCUGUCACUCAACUUCUUCAUUUAGAUUUUAAAUGCAACUAGUUCUAUCUCCAUUUUCUCUAUCAAGGAGUUUACUGUGUCUGAUUAGCGCUGGACCUUGGCUCGGCCGUCGUUCCUUGGUGCCCAGCCAGAAUUCCCAAAGAAAUCCCAGAACACAAGACCUGAGGGACUUUUUUAAAUUUCUAAAUAAAUGCUUCCAAAGGAGGAACACUGCAGAGGCUCGAGGCAAUCUUCAUUCAUCCUGACUGAGCGUGAUAAUAUUGGACUUUGUGUACAGAUUUCGGUCAUCCUGUUGUUGUACUGUAGCUUCUGUGAUGCUUCUGUUAUCUUUCCCUCUGUUCUUUUUCAUAUCCUGCAGAAAAAAAUAAAUUAGGAAUUUGUUAAA